CCCCUUUCCGGAGUCCAGAGUGCAGGCACCGCACGAGCAUGCUGGAACCGGGCUUGGUGUGGGGGUUCGUGCUGCCUUUCGCCCUGUGGGCCGACGCGAGUGCAGGUGUGGAGUUUCGCUUCGCCUCGUACAUCAGCGAUCACAUGGUCCUGCAGAAGGCGCCUGCAGGGGCUGUGCUAUGGGGCUAUGGCCUCCCGGGAGCCGCAGUGACCGUGAGUCUGCUCCGUGGUCAGGACACGGUCAUGAAGAAAGGGACCCGAGUGAGAGUGGGCUCCAAUACCUGGAUGGUGGUCCUGGACCCUGUGAAGCCCGGGGGGCCCUUUGAAGUAAUGGCUGAACAGAGCACUGGCAGCGUGAACUCCACCCUGAGUGUUCGGGAGGUCUUGUUCGGAGACGUCUGGCUCUGCAGCGGGCAGAGUAACAUGGAGAUGACGGUGUCACAGAUAUUCAAUUCCACGGAGGAGCUGUCCAGCGCUGCUGCCUAUGAGUCUGUGCGCAUCUUCUCUGUGGCACCGGUCGAGGCCUGGGAGGAACUGCAGGAUCUCCCCCGGGUUGACUUGCAGUGGUCCAAGCCCACUUCAGAAAACUUGGGCCAUGGCAAUUUCACCUACAUGUCGGCCGUGUGCUGGCUCUUUGGGCGCUACUUGUAUGACACCCUGGGGUACCCCAUCGGGCUCAUCGCCUCCUCCUGGGGCGGAACCCCCAUUGAAGCCUGGUCGUCUGCACGGUCCCUGAAAGCCUGUGGCGUCCCUCAGCAAGGACGGGUGGGCGGCCGCACCCCUGCCCUGGCCACGGGCCCCCGCGAGCAUUCUGUUCUCUGGAACGCCAUGAUCCAUCCCCUGCAGAAUAUGACCCUGAAAGGGGUGAUCUGGUACCAGGGGGAGGCCAAUAUGGAUCUUAACAGGGACCUGUACAAUUGCACCUUCCCUGAGCUCAUCGACGACUGGCGCCAAACCUUCCACCAGGGCUCCCAGGGCCAGACGCAGCGUUUCUUCCCAUUCGGAUUUGUGCAGUUGUCUUCAUAUCUGUCUGAGAAAACCCACCACGAGGAAUUUCCCAUCAUCCGUUGGCAUCAAACAGCUGAUGUUGGCUUUGUCCCCAAUAAAAGGAUGCCCAACACUUUCAUGGCGGUAGCCAUGGACCUUGGGGACAGGAAUUCGCCAUUUGGCAGCAUUCACCCCCGGGAUAAACAGACAGUGGCGCACAGGCUGCAUUUGGGGGCUCGUGCCGUGGCUUACGGGGAGAAGGUGACCUUCCAGGGACCCAUGCCAGAGAAGAUCGAGGUCUUGGCUGAGGAGGGACGGCUCAACCUCACAUAUUCCCAGCAGAUCCAGGUCGCGGUGCGGAGCGACACGAUAUUUACGGUGUCUUGCUGCAACGACAGUCAGUGCCAGUGGCUUCCGGUUCCCGUGAACACUUUCUCCACCCGGUCCCUGACCCUGAAUAUCAGCUCGUGUCACGGCGUUCCGGUUGCUGUGCGCUAUGCCUGGGCCUCAUGGCCCUGUGACUAUAAACGGUGUCUGCUGUACCACCCCGCCAGUGCCCUGCCAGCGCCCCCCUUCUCCGCCUGCAUCACCCCCCCUCUGCAGACUGCACAGCUGUGUGGUCGGAGCCAGGGCUGCGGUAUGUGCCAUCUUCUUUCCCACCUGUUGUAGAUGCGUAUGGGGGUCCUUCCGGUCAGAGCUCGCUAACCUUUGUCCUUCAUGGUCCCCCUUGGAACCUUGUUUGCUUCCUGUGCCCCACACCUACUGGUUGGUCAGUGCCUGCGUUUUGUGCCAUGCCCCCCCCCCACACACACAUUUAAUGUGAUUUUUCACCUGUGGCCCCUGGUUGAGAAAUGUGGCUUUCAAUGUGGGCAUUUAUUUUAUACAGUGACAACUGUUAAAGGGAAUGAUGAGAAAAGGCACCGGACGACUGGCUGUCUCUAUUCAGAGACGAAUGGAAGGUGCCAGGUAGAUUCAGGGGUCCCCUUCCCUCCCUAUUCAGGCCAGUGUUCAUUGUUGGACUAAUUCCAGCUGACAAGCCAGGUGAACCCCAGUGUCCCUCACGCCCCCGUCAGUGGGAGUCAGUGGGGGUGUAGUGCCCUGGUUCCCAGAAAUCUGGAAAUAAGGGGUCGAAAGACAAUUCAAGUCAUUCUAGGUUAACUCAUGACAAUGUGUUCUUUAUGAAGCACUUGACUGGUGGGUGUGGUCGCUGGCGAGUUUCUACUUGAAUUUCCCUGCAUCUGUUCCUUAGUGGAAUUUUAAGCUCCUAGUCCCUGAGUUUUUUGUUUUUUUUUUUGUAACCAAAGAUGACUGUGUUUUGUCUUCUAAGCCCAGGCCAGACCAGAGUCUUAAUAAUGCUAAUGUAAAUGUUUGCAACAAGCCACUUGGAGGUGUUUGGGGAGGGACUGGGGUGUGCACAGUGGACGGAAAGACCAGGUGGUCAUAGACCAUAGACCACGGAGGCUGCCAGGGACAGGCGGGCAGAGGAGCCAUGGGCUGAGGAAACCCUGACAGACAGCAGCAAUCACUGGCAUCCAGUUCCAGCCUUUUCCUCAGAGAUGUAACAGUAGGAACAACCGGAGACCCAAGUCACUGCAUGCCGAGCCUGGAGGAGAUCCGAGACGUGAUAGCGCCGAAAGGACUUUUGUGAGGACUAUCAGAAAUCAUGGGAUUUAUUGAUUAAAAACAGAUCAUGGCACUCAGGAAUCGUGUUUUCUGUUAGAAAUCGGAACGCCAAGUCUAACCAUCAGUGGGGGAAGUACAUUUAUGCCUUUGGAAACAGGCUUGCAAAUUGUCCUUUGGAGCCGGAGAGGAGGAGACGGGUCUGCGUCGCUUACCGCACCUCUGCAGAGUGGGGCAGAGAAGCACCAGCCUUUCUGUACCUUCCCUGCCCGGUGCAGGCAGAGUUCCCCAGCAGGGUGCCUGUGUCAGUGCCAGGCCUGCCCACCCUGCAGGGUCCUUUGGCUCCUCCAAGGAGCCCCAGUGCCCAGUAAGUGCAGACAUGGACUCUGCCCUGUGCUUCUGGGCAGACUUGCCAGCCACCGCCCGGCUCCAGUACUCCUGAACUCUGGGGUGGGGAGCUGCCCACAGCACCCCUGCCCCUGGCCAGACCCUGGAGUGUGUGUGUGGGGGAAUGACAGGGUGAGGUACUUGAGAUGGCAGAUUAAUUUUUAAUGGCUGAAUAAUUAAAAACAUUUUGAGGAAGUUCAGUUUGUUGCAGUAAGGUUUGGUUAGGCGGUCUGAGGCAUUGAGAUAUGCACGAGAAAGAAAUAAUUUAUGGAGGAUCACAAACUAUCUCUGGUGUUGUGACCCAGAGCAGCCUGUUCAGCCCCUUUUAUUAACGAGCUUAAUGUUCUAACCAAUGAUACUCAGCCACAUAGGCAGAAUAUGCAAAUUAACUUAGUCAAUAGAAACAGUAUCAAAGUCAGUUACAUAAACGGAAACAUAGUCAGUUACAGUAAUAGUAACAGAAAAACAAUUUUUACAUCCAAGCCUAGCUAGGCCUGAGAUUGUGAGAUGUUGCCAACAUCAGUUUAUGUCACAAAUCAAUAAAUGUUUACUAUUUGGAAAAUGAAAUUUAUACUUACUGUUGAUUUGGACCCUAGCAGAGUAUAAAUAAAAAAAAUCACUCCAGCUUUAUCAUUUUGGAGAGAAGGUUUUUCUGGUGAACAUACACUUGGUUUGUUUAGGUUAUCUUUUACUUACUACUGUUACUGUCAUCCCAUUGCUCAUAGAUUUGCUUGAGCGGGCACCAGUAACAUCUCCAUCAUGAGACUUGUUACUGUUUUUGGCAUAUCGAAUAUAGUAUGGGUAGUUUGCCAGGCUCUACCAUGCGGGUGAAAUACUCUCGGUAGCUUGCCGGGCUGAGAGGGGCGGAGGAAUUGAACCCGGGUCGGCCGCAUUACAUACUACAUGGUAUGUAAAUUAUUUUGUUUUGUUUUGGGGCCACACCAGGGGUUACUCCUGGCUCUGCACUUAAGGAUCACUCCUGGCAGACUCAGGAUCAUAGUGUAUGCCAGGGUUCAAACCUGGGUUGACUGAGUGCCAGGCAAGAACCCUGUGCACUGUGCUGUCACUCUGACCCCAUCAUGUGCUAUAUGAUUUCAUAACAUUUUUGAUACGUUUUAGCAAAAUAAUUUUCCUGAAUAAGUUGGAUGGAAAGUUUUGUAUUUGUGGGAGCCUUGUAUCCACUACACAUAGUGAAUUUUCUUUUCUGUUUUUUGCUAUUGAAUAGUAACUCUGAGAACUCUUAAAACAUGUGGACACACAUCCUGUCUGGGGGGCUCCGGGGCUUCCAGGCAAUACUUGGCACGCUGCUGUGUGUCUUACUGUUCGAUCCCCACCCAGGGCUCCCCCAGCGGUGCUCAUGGCCUCUACUGUGCCGGGGAUAACACUCAGUGCCUGGCCCUGAGAGGCAGGUCCGCAGAUUUUUUUUUUCCGUUACACCCAGCAGUGCUCAGGGUUUACUCCUGGCUCUGCACUCAGGAAUUACUCCUGGCGGUGCUUGGGGGACCAUAAGGGAUACCGGGGAUCGAACCUGGGCCAGCUGCAUGCAAGGCAAACACCCUACCCCACUGUACUAUCGCUCCAGUCCCCUGCAGAGAAGUGUUCGAAUCCCAUAGCUUAACCUUCUGAAAGGGGCCAACAGUUUCUGUUCCCAACAUGGUAUCAUCCUAUUUUUGUCUCUUAUUUUCACUGCUGUGGGAUGUUGUCAGAUUUAAAAAAUAUUAACAAGCCAAAAAGACUGAAAGAUAUUUUAAGCAUACUAGAGCAGUGUUUUUCAAAACGAUGAUCCGUCCACCAGUGCCCAUUCUCCUCCACUGGUGGAGGGAUGUAAACGAUCACCGUAUGACUGAAAUGCAAACAUGAAAGUUCAUAAGUUUGUAAUUGUACCUCACAGUGAUUCACUAAUAAAAAAUUUAAAAAAAUCUUUCUGUAAUCUGUAUUGUAUAAAACUCUGAUUAAAGUACUUAUUAAAAUUAAAAAAAAACCACGAUGAUCCGUAAGGGCCAGGGGCUGAGUCAAUCCUGUGUUGUGCAAGGCCCCAAGUCAAUCCCAGGUGUCACAUGAUCUACGGAGCAUGGUGGGUGCGGCCCUUAAGGCAGAUAAACUCCAAACCCAAAGGAUGAUCUCACUGAGAGUAUGUUCCUUCCUCCAUGUGUGUCAGCAUGCGUGACCCUUAAAGUGCACAUGCCUUGGCCCUAAGUAUGCUAGUGUUCUCUUUCACUUGUUCUUAGAGGAUGUGGGGCUUUGCCUCGCUCAGGUCUAACCAUUGACAGGUUGAGGGUCUGUGGUCUGAAAAAGUCUCCUUGGAGAGCUCAGAGUGGGGCGUCACACUCAACAGGACCCCUGUGUAUUCAGAAACUGUCCUCAGACGUUGUUCCUCAAAUGAGGCCUGGGUCUGGGAGAAGGUUCCAGGCUAAAGUGCAUGAUUCAUAUGUGGGUCCACCAGCCUUGAUCCUGUGCACCACAUGAUCCACCCCCUUAGCUGGCAGUAAGGGCCCACGCGGCUUUGUUUGGCCUCAAAGCCGAAACUAACCAAAAAACAAGGUCCUCUUAUUUAAUUUUUUGCUUUUUGGGUUAUACCCAGUGAUCAGGGGUUACUCCUGGCUCUGCACUCAGGAAUUACUCUUGGCGGUGCUUGGGGGACCACAUGGGAUACCGGGGAUCGAACCUAGGUCAACGGCAUGCAAGGCAAACACCCUACUCACUGUACUAUGGCUCCGCUCCCGAGGUCAUCUAAUUAAAGGUUUUACUUGGGUAUUUAUUUCAUGAUGAAGCAGCAUACAGUUUAUCUGUGUAAAUAAAUUCAGGUAACUUCCACAGAGGGGAAAAAAAAACCCAUUAAACCUUAUUAGCUUUGAGUAAUCCCCUUCAUACCCCUUGUAUGCCAGAUUUUUUUUUUUUUAAUGUUUUUUGCUUGGCUCUGUAUUUUUAAAAAUGUGAUUUUUUUUUUUCUGCAUUGUAAAGCCUGAUAACUUACGUAAAAGGCUGUGGCAAAGAGUUCUAGAAUCAGGCUGCUUUGGUGUCCAGUUCUUCACAGCCCCCGGCCCAGCCCUAACCACCACUUCCCCCUUGCUUCCCUUUCCUACCCCCUUGCCCUUCUCGUCCAGCCUGCCCGCCCCUGGUGGGGCAGGCCCAGGAACCCAGCAGGUGCUGGCGCCGUCUGGAUCAGGUGAGGCGAACCACCAGAACUGCAGCUGCAUAGAAGAUGGAGUCGAUUUCCUGACAGGGGGUCGAAGAGACAACAGAGCAUGUCUGUGUGGAGGACCGGAACUGGCCCUCCAGUGUUCCCUCCACAGCCGCCCUCUGUGGCUUCUGCACCUAGUGUGGGGCCUUUUUCAGUAAGGAAGGACAAAGGGGAUGGAGAGAGGGUCGAGGAGGACGUGGAUGCCCUCGCGGGGCGUGUGAGACAUGCGGUGAAUGAGGUGUGCCUCGGAUGGGACUCCAUUCUGGGAGUGCAGGACGUGAAAAUGAAGUGGAACAGCCUUGGCCUGAGCCUCAAGUCCGGGCAGGCUGCCAGAAUCCUCCCCACUCCUCCCCUGCAAAAAAGACCUAAGUUGAUGCUACC